AAUGGAAGCGAGCCUGCUGGAGUUUGCAGCAAGCAGGAGGCGGGAAAGGGUUUGCGAGGAAUCAGUUAGUCAGGUGCGGGGAUGGAGGGAAUGAGUGAUGAAUGUCAGUAUUUGCAGCACAUCAGGAACAUUCUAGAAACAGGAUUCCAGAAGGAUGACCGUACGGGUACAGGUACCGUGUCGGUGUUUGGGAUGCAGGCUCGGUACAAUCUGAGAGAUUCUUUUCCCCUCCUCACUACUAAACGAGUGUUCUGGAAAGGAAUUCUGGAAGAGCUGUUGUGGUUUAUCAAGGGCUCUACCAAUUCUAACGAGUUGUCGAAAAAAGGAGUUAGAAUUUGGGAUGCCAAUGGAUCCCGAGACUUUCUGGACAAGCAAGGAUUCGUAAAUCGAGAGGAAGGCGAUUUGGGGCCUGUUUAUGGCUUCCAGUGGAGGCACUUUGGGGCUGAAUAUAAGGACAUGCAUACAGAUUACUCUGGUCAAGGAGUCGAUCAGCUCCAGAAUGUAAUUGAUACCAUCAAAAACAACCCAGAGGAUCGUAGAAUCAUUAUGUGCGCUUGGAACCCUAAAGAUCUUCCUCAGAUGGCACUGCCUCCCUGCCAUGCUCUGUGCCAGUUCUAUGUGGUAAAUGGAGAGCUCUCUUGUCAGCUGUAUCAGAGGUCAGGAGAUAUGGGCCUUGGUGUCCCAUUCAAUAUUGCCAGCUACUCAUUGCUGACAUACAUGAUUGCACAUAUCACAGGACUAAAGCCUGGUGAUUUUGUACAUACUUUGGGUGAUGCUCAUAUUUACAAGAACCAUAUUGAGGCAUUGAAGAUUCAGCUCCUGCGUAAGCCUAGACCUUUUCCAAAAUUGGAAAUCUUGCGCAAUGUGGAAAAUAUCAAUGACUUCAAAGCAGAAGACUUCAAGUUAGAAGGUUAUGAUCCACAUCCUACUAUUAAGAUGGAAAUGGCUGUAUAAUACUUACGUUUGCCUACCCGAGCUGAUGAUAAAUAAAAGGCUGAGACUUGAAGGAAGAAGAGCAUGAAACUCCAUGGCAGUGUAGGGGGAAAAAAAAACACUGGUAAAGUGCGAACUGGUUCCUUCAGUUUCUUUUUUGUGGUAGCUGCAUCCUUCUCAGACCUUGAUAACAGUUACGUUACAUGCAGUAAGAAAAUAAUCUGCCCAAAUUAAGUUUGUCCUGGUUUAACAUAAAAGAGCAUAUAAGUUUUUUUUUUACACAAGCCUAUACUGAAAUAUGUAGUUUUGUUUAUAUAAGUUGUCAUUUUUUUUGAAAUUUUCAAUAAAGCAUGUUUUAUUUCCCUGGAA